ACUCCUCUAAUGUAUGCAAUUCGGGAUAAUAAAGUUUUCAUGGCUGACAGAUUUUUGGACAUGGGAGCCAACAUCAACGCCGUAGCAAAGGAUGGCAUAACAGCGUUACAUCUUGCUGUUGCUAACGUGAAAGAAGAUGCUAUCAGGUUAUUGCUUAGCAGGAAGGCGGACCCAUUCAUUCCGUAUGGGCCUAAAAAUCAACUACCUAUUCAUAUCCUGUGCCACAAAGGACGAGGUUCCGCAUCAGCCACCUUGAGUAUGCUUCUCCGUAGUGGAGGAAAGGAUAUGAGAUUAAUUAAGGAUAAAGAUGGGAAGAUACCUCUUUUGAUUGCAGCAGAGAGUGACAAUAAUAGUUUAUGUCGAGAGUUACUUACUGCCCUAAGCAAGGAACAGUUGAAAUUUCGAACUGUCGAAGAAGGAAAUACAGCCAUGCAUAUUGCUACCCAAAGAAAAAAUGGAGAGUUACUUCGAUUACUUCUGAAUAGCGGCGGCAAUGUGGAUGUCCAAAAUGAUGAAGGUUUAACUCCACUUCACAUAGCGUGCGAAAAUGGGGAUUUGGAAAUUUUAAAAGUAUUUUUUCAAUUCCGAGCGAAUGCUAAUAUAACGGACAGUCAAGACCGAACACCCCUGCAUAUAGCCGCUGAGAAGGGAUUCAGUGCUAUUGUUGAAAUGCUGGCAGAUAAAUUCAAAGCAUCAAUUUUUAAGAGGACAAAGGAUGGUAGGACGCUUAUGCACAUAGCUUCAGAAUCAGGCCAUCAAGAAACAGCAUUAGUCUUCCUUAAAAAAGGCGUACCUCUUCAUAUGUCUAACAAGACUGGAACAAAAGCAAUCCAUACUGCUGCUGCACAUGGUUUUGUAGAGGUGAUUCGGAAUCUGUUGGACAGAGGAGAAAAUGUGGAUGCAACAACUCCUGAAAAUUUCACAGCUUUGCAUCUAGCUGUUCAAGCCAAUCAGCCAGAAGUUGUGGAAAUCUUGCUGGGUCACGGAGCCAACGUUCAAAUGAAAGCUGGAAAGAAUGGCGAAACGGCUUUACACAUGGCUGCUGGUGUGAAGGAUGGUCACAAGUGUGCGGAGCUUAUAAUCAAAAGUGGAGCUGAUGUUAAUGCUAGAAAUGAGGAAGGUGAGACACCUCUCCAUAAUGCUGCUCGUCAUGGUCAGUUGAAAACUGUGACACAGCUGCUGGAAGAUGGAGCAGGAUUGGACAGCCUGUCUAAACAUGGUGAAAGCGUUCUUCAUGUUGCUGUUUCGAACUGCCAUUAUGAAAUAGCUAAAAGCCUGAUAAAUCAUAAAAAAGAAAUGGCUACAGAGCUGCAAGUGAUAAAUUACGUUAAUCAGCCGAAUAAAGAAGGUGAAACUGCAACACAUUACGCAUCUUCAAUUAAUAAGGAUCAAAUUCAUUAUCCAACAGAAGAUAAGGAUAUGAUUGCCUUGAUUCUACAACAUGGAGGAAGUGUCACAACUGAAACUAAAAAAAAUAGUGAAACUGCAAUCCAUUACGUUUGUCGAGUAGGAAAUGAAGAUGUACUGAAAGAAAUCAUCGCCCGAUUACCACAAUCAAAGCUGCAAAUUGCUUGCAACAAACAAGCGGCGAAUGGAUGGUCACCUCUGCUUUACGCCUGUGACUGUGGAAAAUCGCAGGUUGUGCAACUUUUACUUCAGAAUGGUGCGAGAGUAGAUGUGUUCGACGUAGAAGGCAGAGCUGGUCUUCAUCUUGCUGCGGAACAUGGACAUGCUGAUGUCAUUGAAAUUUUAUUAAAUCACAAAGCUUUCGUAAAUGUAAGAACCAAAAGAGGAAUGACACCUCUACAUCAUGCCGCUGGACAAGGCCAUACGAAUGUUGUUAAACUUCUUGUUGAUAAGUAUGGGGCUGCUAUUGAUGGACUUACAUUGAGUAAACAAACCGCUCUUCAUUUAGCUUCACACCAAGGACGUUUCGAAACUUGUAGAACGUUGCUUGAUAUGGGAGCAGAUCCGAAUGCAACAGACAAUCGAGGACAAACUCCGUUACUUCUUGCUGCUGAAAAUGAUCAUUCUGAAGUUGUGAAGCUGUUUCUGCAACUGAAGCCAGAUCUCGUUUCUAAAGCCAGUUCGAGUGGAAUUACAUGUGCUCAUAUAGCUGCUCAGAAAGGCAGUGUAGCUGUAAUCAAAGGUCUGAUGAAGUUUGAUCCUAAGCUGGUUACGACGGCCAGAAGUAAAAAUAAUUCCACGGCUCUUCACCAAGCAGCUUCAGGCGGAAAUGCAGAUGUUGUGAAAGUUCUUUUGGAAUCCGGAGCGAAUCCUACAGAUGAGACUGAUGAAGGCUAUACAGCCCUACAUUUGGCAGCAAAAUAUGGCCAUGUUGAAGUACUUCACGCCUUAAAAUCUGCAAUGUCUUGGAGAUAUGCAAGUAAAAAGACUGGCUUAACAGCACUUCAUAUAGCAGCAAGUUAUGGGCAAGAGGAUUUUGUUCGAGAGAUGCUUACCCAAGUGCCAGCUACUAUACCUAGUGAAAGGCCCACAGAAAGUCCAGAAGCUGAUUAUGGAUUUACCCCUCUUCAUAUGGCGGCAAGGUAUGGAAGAGAAGAUGUGGUCAGGAUGCUUUUAAAUAGUGCUGGUGUACAGGUGGAUGCUUCAACUGCAGUGGAGGCAACUAUGCCGCUACAUUUGGCAGCAAGAGGUGGCCAUUUGGCAGUUGCUGGAUUAAUUUUGAGUCGAAUAACAGAUAAAUUUCAUUCUGGGGACAAAAAAGGGCGUACACCCCUUCAUAUGGCUGCAGCUCAUGGUCAUGAAGACAUAGUUCGUCUUCUUCUUGGUCAAGGAGCGGAUAUCAAUGCAGCAGAUAAUAAUGGUUGGACAGCACUACAUUACGCUGCUAAACAAGGAUACUUGGAUAUGAUCCAUCUUCUGAUUGAUAGUGGAGCUUCUUCAAUAGCAGCAGCUACGGAUGGGAAGAUACCCUUAAGUAUUGCAGCAAAUGCUAAUCACUUGGAUGUUUUGCGAUAUCUCUUCAAGAGAGAGCACAACACCGUAACACUUAUGGAAGAUUCUUCGUUUUUAGUGGACCUCAUGGUGUGUGGAAAAAACAGAGACCACCUGCCGUUAUUGGAGUUCGUUUUCGUUUCACCUGCUCCUAUAGAUACAGCUGUAAAAAUGUCUCGUCGAUAUGAAGACUUAGCCCAACGUGAAAAAGAGAGAGCAAGGGAUUUGGAAAACAUGGCCAUUUUCUGCGAGACACUGGCUUCAGAUCUUUUGGCCAUUGCAGCAAGUAAUAAUACGGCUGGAGCACUCCUUCAAGCUGGAGAUCACAAGAACACUGUAUUCCUCGAUGUCCUCAUUGAACUAGAGAGAAAAGAUGUCGUGGCUCAUUCAGCAGUACAGAAGUAUCUCUCGGAUGUUUGGAUGGGAAACUUAAAAUGGCCGGCUUGGCAAAUCAUAUUGCUGUUCCUAGCAUUCAUUUUUUGUCCUAUUACAUGGAUGGCAUGUUCACUCCCUCUUCAUAGAUUAGCCAACAUACCUAUCAUCAAAUUUAUGGCUUACCUCGUAUCUCAUAUUUUUCUAAUAUUUUUGUUAUGUUUUUCGAUUUUAAAUCCAUAUUUUCCCUUGUGGAGUUCGACUGAACUUUUACCUCAUCCGCAUGAAUGGUUGCUUUUAUUUUGGAUACUAGGAUUUUUGGUAGCAGUUAAUGUCAAUCCUAGGGAACGAGGCGGGUUAGGAUGGAUCAAACUAGUCAUUGUCACAUUUGGAAUGAUAGCAGUCGCUAUCCACAUAGCAGGAUUUUUCUUUAUUGAUGACAGCAGACUUGUCAUGUUGUACAUCAGAAACCAACUUUUAGCGGUAUGCUUACUUUUAGCCUUUUUUGAGUUUUUAAAUUUUUUAACAUUUCACCACUUAUUUGGACCUUGGGCUAUUAUUAUUAGAGAUCUUAUGAAAGAUCUCAUGAGAUUUUUAGCCAUUUUAGCUAUAUUUUUAACAGGAUUUUCCUUACACAUCUGCGCGGUAUACCAACCAGUUUUUGAUCCUGGUAACCGAACAAUAUCUGUAGAUGCUGAAGUAUUUCAGUCACCUUUAGGGACAUUUGAGAUGCUUUUCUACGCUUUAUUUGGGCUAGUAGAGCCUGAUUACAUGCCACCAAUGCAUCUUAGCCCAGGUUUCGCCAAAAUCAUUAUGAAAGUAGUAUUCGGUGUAUAUAUGAUGGUAACUGUAAUAGUACUAAUAAAUUUGUUAAUUGCUAUGAUGUCCAAUACAUAUCAGCGUAUUCAGUCACAAUCAGACAAAGAAUGGAAAUAUGGCCGAGCCAAGCUAAUAAGAAAUAUGAAUAUGACUCUACCUACUCCUCCUCCAUUAAUAAUCUUAACAUUUAUUCCGACUCUUGUUCAACGAUGGAAAGCAAAAACAGCAGCUCAAAAUAGGGCUGGAAGAUCGGAGGCAAAAAUGGAGAAAGGAACAACAAUUUUAUGGUUAUUUGGUCAUGGAGCUGCAAGAUCUUGGUUUAAUAGAAAAAUGAGAAAAAGACCUAUACAAGUAUCUCCCGUAGAUUUUCGUCAUAGCACACAAGGAAGUCAUGGAGAUCUUCGACCAAUUAGUUCAGUCAUCAACUGGAAGACUAUGGUGAGUAAAUAUCUUGAAGUCAAAGGCAUUGACUUGGGAACAACUCCUCAAGAUGGUAGUCAAGAGGACUAGUGACAACUUAAAGAAGAAAAGUCUUAUUUUUUUGUCAGAGUUAUUCUGCACAAGCGGGCCCGUGUUUCAUAUCAUAAUCGUUUGUACUUACAAGGAGCUUACAUGUGACUUAUUUAUAUAUAAUAAAUAUAAAUAUUUUCACUUCAUAAUACGCCGGAAAUUGAACAAAUACCUCAAGAGUUGUGAAAAUGUGGUCUAAAGCAUAUUUAUUAGAGAUUUGGUGUAAUUUUCCAGUGUAGUUUUCUUAAGCAUUUUGUAAA